AUGUGGGCUGUGGGCGGCAGACCCUUCACUUACCCGCCCAAUGUCGGCUAUCCCAUUGGCCCCGGAUACUUCACCAAGUUCGUGCUGCAGGUGCAUUUCACGAACCCCAAGGGCCGGCCGGACCUGAUCGGCAGCUCCGGGCUGUACCUGACGCUGGCGCCCUCCCUGCGUCCCAUGGACGCAUCCAUCAUGCUCACGGGCCCUGUGGCCUACGAGUACCUCAUUCCCCUCAAAACCUUCCCUAAUCCUUGCCCUUCCGCACCCCACCUUUCCCCCUUUCAGGUGCAUUUCACCAACCCCAAGGCGCGAGCUGAUCUCGUUGACAACUCCGGGCUGUACCUGAAGCUCGCCCCGUCCCUCCGUCCCAUGGACGCGUCCAUCAUGCUCACGGGCCCCGUGCCCUACGAGGGCCGCAAUGAUCUGAUCGACAACUCCGGGCUGUACCUGAAGCUCGCCCCGUCCCUCCGUCCCAUGGACGCGUCCAUCAUGCUCACGGGCCCUGUCGCCUAUGAGUAUCUCAUCCGCAUCCCCCCCGCCAUGCCCUCGUGGACGCAAGUCAGCACGUGCCCGGGCGAGUGCACUGCUGCCGUGUUCGGGAACGAGAGUGUGAAGAUCAUUGGGUCUGUGCUGCACCUUCACACUCUUGGGAGGCAGGUAAGGCCGCGAGAAGACUGUUACAGAGGUCAGGUGCACUGGACGGUGGUCAGCACGUGCCCGGGCGAGUGCACUGCCAAGGUGUUCGGGAAUGAGAGUGUGAAGAUCAUUGGGUCUGUGCUGCACCUUCACACGCUGGGGCGACAGUUGUACACGGAUGUGUUCAGGCGGGGCAGCAAGGUCGCAACUAUCAACCGCCAGGACUAUUACGACUUUGCAUCGCAGCAGUCCAUCCCCACCACGCCGGAGUUUGAGCUGCUGCCAGGGGACGAGCUGCGCACCUCGUGUGUCUGGGACUCCACUGCUCGCACCAACGUGACGCUGGGAGGGCCAUCCACGGAGGGCGAGAUGUGCAUUGACUACCUCGUGUACUACCCGGCACGUCAGGGCCAAGAGGCCGAGAUGUGCAUUGACUAUCUCAACGCAUGCGACGGCAUAUUUGCAUCGCACAAAAAUACAGCUCUACUAAUGUUCGUCGCGUCCCUUUUCCUCUUUUCCUCCCCCACCAGGGAUUGA